AUGAAUAGCGAGGUUCGGUCUUUUCUUGUCAGCAGCGUGAACAACAGAAGUGCCUUCCUUGGGCAACAGAUGCAGCAGCAGCAGCAGCAGCACACCUUGCCAUUAACCUGCCGGUACUUUUUAACGUCAGACACCUCGAGGCCCACCAUCCUUGCUGCGCCUCUCUUGGGAGGCCACAGAAGACUGCGGCAGCAAAAGCGACGAUACCAGCAGCAGCAGCAGCAGCAGCAGCAGCAGCAGCACGUGCUGUACCCCCCGCUGCAACAAGACCUGUGGACCACACUAGAUGCUGUCCCUGCCACUCCCCUAUGGUAA